AUGAACGAUGGGCAGAACCCGGACGACCAGCUCUUGUACGCCACCAGCGCGGUGGUGUAUUCUGGGUUUCUCAUUUUCUUCAUGCAGGUCGGCUUUGUGGCGCUCGAGACAGGCAGCGGUCGCGCCAAGAAUGUGCGCAACAUCCUACUCAAAAACCUGGUGGAUGUGAUGCUGGCCGCGCUCUGCUGGUGGGCGGUCGGCUACGCCUUCGCCUACGGUGCCAGCGCGGGCGGUGUGAUCGGGUGA